UCAACAACUCCACGUGUAUAUCACUAGCUUCCACCUUCAAACACAUCCACAUUUUUUACCCUCUCUCUCAAAAGCACCUCAAAGAAGAGAUAGAGAGAGAGAAGCAUUGAUUAAUUAAGCAAAACACUAGCACAAUACUAUGGCCGGUUGUAGCAAAUUCCUCACUCUUGUUCACUCUUCUUCAAGAUCUUCUUUUCUCAAACCCUCUACACCAUUCCUCUACAACACCAUCAAGAAUUAUGGGCAAGAAGUCAAGGAAAAACAAAGCCAUUUGAUAAAAGAGAGGGCAUCAUCCACAGCUGAAGAGUUCUUGAGAGUGGCAGAGGAAAGAGCAAAUGAAACACCAAAAGUGAAAAGUCAAACUGUUGAUAAAGCAUUUGAAGCUGCUGAAGAAGCUACUAAGAGUAACACAAACACUGAGAAUGUUAAGAAUAAGUACAAGGAGCAUUAACAUUAGGAAUUUCCUAUGUUUACUUCAAUUAUGAGAUUGUUGUUUUCUUAAGCUAGAAUAAGGGAUUUCCAAAAAGUUUCUUUGCAAGUAUUAUGAAAUUGUUGGUUUGUAAGUUUGAACUCAAUCUCCAUUUUUUUUAAUAUUGAUGGGGAUUUCAUGAAUCUUAUUUAUUCAUGUGUUGAUUGAA